ACAUAUUUUACUAUUUCUCGUUUUUAAUGCACGUUAGAAAGUCGUUUUCAAAAAUUCCGCUAACACGUCCGUUGCCGUUCGAAUCGCAACUCACUUCUCUAGCAAAUAAACAAACAGAGAACAAUUUUUAAACAAAUUUGUUUUUGCCAUUAACAAAUGUCGGCUGCUUGGCUUUAAAGUGAAAAUAAGAACUAUUUUGUGUAGGCCAUGGCUGCUUGCGUGCUAUGUUUUGGCUGCUGCAAGAGCGGCGACUCCUAUAAGAUUUUUUCGGAGCUGGGCCAAAGUUUGCACAUUUGCCAAACAAUCAACAAACAUUUUUGGUUGGAGUUGAACAGUGGUGGAGAUGAGCGCGAGGAGAUUUGCCAAAAGUGCUGGAAAUGUGUGAGCAGCUUCAAUGAAUUUUAUCAGCGCGUCUACAAUGUGCACCAGGAGCGCCGCGGCGAGGUGAAGAGUAUCCCGAUCGAAUUUUGUGGCGAAACGGCGGCAGCUUGUCCUUUAACGCUGGCAACUGAAAUGGAUGCACUGGCUGAAGGCUUUUUUACUAAUACGGCAGAUGUAAAGGUGGAGGUAAAUGAGCUGGACGCGCUGCCAAAGCUUGAAGUGCUAGAGGAGCCGGCUUUAGAGACCAAAGCUGCUACCAAGAGGCAUAGCAAUGAUAAUAUCACAGCUGCCAAGCGUCGCAUUAAACGUGAAAAGUUGUCCUUAGCCAGCGAUUCGGAUGGUGAUACGCCGCUGGCUGAGUUUUUGGAUUUUAAGCCUAAGGCAGGAGCAGCAGCUGUAGAGGGUUGCAAUCUGCGUCGCAGUACGCGACGUGGACGUAAGCCGAAGACACCACCAGCCACAACGCCAGCUGCAGACUUGAAGCAGGAAUGCGAUACAGACGAUGACCAUGAUUUAGAUUUUGUAGCGCCUGAAGCGGUGUUGGGCACAGAGGACAGCGAUAGCUCCAGCGAGAACAGCAGCAACUCAGAUUCCAAUGAAAGUCUACCCGACGUUGAGCCCGAAGAGCGUUAUGCGGAAAUACCUAAACGUGUGGUGGUUAAACCAAAGAAGUAUCGCAAGCGUACGAAGCCUUUGGUGCCGCCAGUGCGCAUGUCUCGCGAAGAGAUCGAACGACGCAAGGCGCAACAAGACGAAUACGAUGAGAUUAUAUUUGCGUUCUUCAAGAAGCUGCCCUGCCACAUCUGCAAUCAGCUAGUGCCCAACUUUGGCGACAUGCGGCGUCAUCUGCGCAUGUCCCACAAUAUUGAAAGUGGUUUCAUUAGCUGCUGUGGACGAAAGUUCCAUUUACGCAAGGGCCUGGCAGAGCAUGUGCUGGUGCACAAUAAUCCGGAACAUUUUAUGUGUGCGCAAUGUGGACGAGUGUGUCAGGACUCCAAGACAUUGGAGACGCAUGAGCUGACGCACACUAAUCCACAAGGCGACAAGGAAAAGCCAUCCUAUCAAUGCGAAAAGUGCACUAAGGUCUUUACGACCAAGGCGGCAGUGAAGUAUCAUCAGCUAUCCAAGCAUGUGCCUAAGACGGAAUUUAAAUAUCCGUGCACCGAGUGCCCGAAAAGGCUGCCCACGCCGCGCAAGCUUAAGGAGCACAUGCGCUACAUGCACGAUCCAGAGACUGCCAUUAUUUGCGACAAGUGCGGCAAGAAGCUGCGCUCGCAGACGUACCUCAAGAAGCAUCACGAGAUGGAGCACUCGGACAAGCCGAGGCCGAAGCCUGAUCCCGUGCAAUGCGAAAUAUGUGGCACCUGGCUGCGUCAACUCUCUGGUCUCAAGCAGCAUAUGAACACUGUACACGAGCCACCUGGCAGUGAGCAUCGUUGUCCGAUUUGCGACAAGACCUCAAUCAAUGCCCGAGCGCUUAAGCGUCAUAUUUAUCACAAUCAUCAGUGCGAGCGCAAGUUCCAAUGCACCAUGUGCGAAAAAGCGUUCAAGCGACCACAGGACUUGAGGGAGCACACAUCCACGCACACUGGCGAGGUGCUCUACACCUGUCCCAAUUGCCCGCAGACUUUCUUUUCCAAUGCCAAUAUGUACAAGCAUCGCCAGCGUUUGCAUCGCGCCGAGUGGGAGGCGGAUCGAAAAAAGCCACUGCCGCCCAACAUAAUGAAACAGGCAGCAGGUGCUACUAGCAAAAGUCGUCAGCCCAGCACUGUUGCCAGGACUAUAGCUGAGGAGCAAUCGCUAGAGUCACCCUUGUCAUAGAGUUUUAGAGUAACGAUUUAAUGUCUAAUACAUAAUUUAAUAUGUAAGUGUACGAUAUAUUGAAUAAACUUAGAACUGUAAUUAAUUUGCGGAAUGCUAAUGCUCUCGCUGAUGU